AUGUUUGUAUCAAAUUGCUUUACAAAAAAUUUUAGACUUAAUUAUACUUAUCAAAUAGGAAAAUAUUAUCCAGUUGAUAUAUAUGGUAAAUGUGGUGAUAAAACAAUUAAUAGAUCUGAUGGUUAUAAAAUAUUAAAAAAUAAAUAUAAAUAUUAUUUAGCAUUUGAAAAUGGAAAUUGUAAAGAAUAUGUAACUGAAAAAUUUUUUAUUAAUGCUUUACAAAAUUAUGUUAUACCAAUUGUUUUAGGACCAUCUAAAAAAUAUUAUGAAAAUAUUGCUCCAAAAAAUUCAUUUAUUCAUGUUAAUGAUUUUAAAAAUGCUAAACAAUUGUCAUUAUAUCUUAAAUUUUUGGAUGACAAUCCUUCUGAAUAUCUUAAAUAUUUUGAAUGGAUAAAUGAUGGAAAAUUUAUUGAUACACAAUUUUGGUGUAGAUUAUGUAUUUUUGCUCAAAAUCCAAAGAAAAAAAUUUACCAUGAUAUUAAUAAAUGGUGGAAAGGAAAGAAGACUUGUGAUAACGAAAAAUCUCAAUGGAAAACGUAA